CAAUCACAAAAUCAUUUAAUUUUUUCAGGUGAUAUCGCAGCAGAUCUUGAUGAAAAUGUCAACAAUGUUUACAGAGAUACCACUCCCGACCCACUGGAGACUUAUACUGAAGAUGUCACCGAUCCUGGAGAAAAUAGUACACCUGAAGAUCUUAGUACAUCGGUUACCAUUAAUGAUGAAACAUCCCAGAGUGAGAACAAUUCAAGUAACGUAACUGGACAGGAUGAUAGCGGUUCAGUAAAUCAACAGACUGGGGCUGAGGAUGAUCAAGAAAAUGCAGAUAACAAUUCAGACAACCAGUCUACGGGAACAGAAAGUGUACAAAAACAAAAUGAAAAUGAAUAUAAUGGGGCGGAAGUCCAAGAAAACAAUAACAACAAUGAAGAAGUAAAAGAAAUAGACCAUGAAACUAUUGAAGACCAAUCUAGUGAUCAGCAGCCUCAGCAAACACAAAAUACUGAUAAUGCUAAGGAAGGACAAAAAAAUAAAGCUGGACAAGAAAAUAAAGCUGAACGAGAAUCCGUGGAAGAUAAGCACAGUGAUAACAGUUACACAGAAGGAAAAGAAGAAGAAGGUAAUAACGAGAAGGAUAGAAGUGGAGACAAAAAUAAAGACAAAAAAUACAACGAAGAAAAUAAAAAAAAACAAGAUAAGAAAAGUGGCAGUGGAGAACACGAUGGAAAAAACAAAAAGGAAAUGGAGAAAAAAAAGAAAAGGCAGGAUGAAUUACGAAAAGAAGAAGAAAAGCGAAAAAAUGCAGAAGAGAAAUGGCAAGAAAAGCAAAAAAAUGCAGUAGAGAAAUGGCAAGAAGAGCGAAAAAAUGCAGAAGAGAAAUGGAAAGAAGAGCAAAAAGAUGCAGAAGAGAAAUGGCAAAAAAAUCGAAAAGAUGCAGAACAGAAAUGGCAAGAAAAGCAAAAAAAUGCAGUAGAGAAAUGGCAACAAGAGCGAAAAGAUGCAGAUGAGAAAUGGCAAGAAGAGCCUAAAGAUGCAGAAGAGAAAUGGCAAAAAAAUCUAAAAGAUGCAGAACAGAAAUGGCAUGAAAAGCAAAAAAAUGCAGUAGAGAAAUGGCAAGAAGAGCGAAAACAAGCAGCAGCGAAAUGGCAAGAAAAGCAAAAAGAUGCAGAAGAGAAAUGGCAAAAAGAGAAGGAGAAUGCAGAAGAGGAAUGGCAAGAAAAAUUGAAGAAGCUUAAAGAGGAGACGAGAAAGAAAGAGAAUGAACUGCAGGAAAAACUGCAGGAACAAAAAGAAAAGAGACGAUUCGAGGCGAAAAAACAACAGGAGGAAGCAGAGAAAAUGAAAAAAUGGAAUGAAAAUAUCAAAAGGAAUAUUAUCAAAAAGAAAAUAGAAAUAAGACAAAAACAACUGGAAAUAUUAGCGGCAGCUGAAGUAUAUUCGUGGUAUUUUUGUGACCCCCAACUUUGCGAAUUACAAUGUGUUGACAAAGGUAACCAUACAGGAUAUUGCUACCCCAGAAAAAUAUGUAAUUGUGUCUGAAGUGUAAAAUGAAAUUCAAUUAUGACGGGUUUUUAUAAAAAUAUAAUUACAUGAAUAUUUAUUAUAAUUUCAUAGGUAACAGAAAAAAUACAUAAUAACAUUAUCAAAUGCAAAAAAUACUCCUUCAUUUGUUAAAUGCAAUAAGUCAUAAAAUUGUAUAUUAAAAUGGGAAUGCUAUCAAAUAUCUA